AUGUUCCCUUUGCUCUUUGGGGCUGGACUGGUGGUUCUGAACCUAGUGACUUCUGCUAGGAGCCAGGAGACAGAACCCCUUAGUGGCUCUGGGGACCAGCUGCUCUUCCAUGGAGCAGAUCAAUCUGACUUUGCCAUCAUGAUCCCUCCAGGAGGCAUAGAAUGCUUCUGGCAAUUUGCCCGCCAGACUGGAUACUUCUAUUUCAGUUACGAGGUGCAGCGGACACUGGGAAUGUCACAUGACCGACAUGUUGCUGCCACUGCACAUACCCCACAGGGUUUCCUCAUAGACUCCUCUCAGAAUGUUCGAGGCCAGAUAAACUUCUCUACCAAAGAGACAGGUUUUUAUCAGCUUUGUCUAAAAAAUCAGCAAAAUCACUUUGGUUCUGUGCAAGUGUACCUCAAUUUUGGAGUCUUCUAUGAGGGGCCUGAGAUGGACCACAAACAGAAGAAUGAAAGAAAACAACUGAAUGAUACUCUGGAUGCAAUUGAGGAGAAUACACGGAAGGUGCAAAACAAUAUCUUUCACAUGUGGAGAUACUACAACUUUGCCCGCAUGAGGAAAACCGCUGACUUUUUCCUUCUCCAAUCAAAUUAUAACUAUGUGAACUGGUGGUCGACAGCUCAGAGCCUUGUUAUUGUUCUUUCUGGAAUCCUGCAGUUGUAUUUCUUAAAGCGUUUCUUCAAUGUCCCGAAGACUACAGACACAAAAAAGCCAAGAUGCUAA